CUCCGGACCUCCCAGCCCUUCUCCCGUAUGUAACCUCGUCCCAGCCCCGCUCUCCCUCUCAUCAACACAAGCAUCAAUCAGCUUUCAUCUCAGUUCCUUCACAACCAGAAAUUCCGCAUUCUACACUCUACACUCUACACGGCCUGGUCCGAGAGAGAGAGCAUGGCGGGUGCUGCCAAGGCGUCUUGGAUGGUGGCGAUGAGCAUCGGCGCCGUGGAGGCGCUCAAGGACCAGGCCGGACUCUGCCGGUGGAACUACGCCCUCAGAUCCAUCCACCGGGCCGCCAAGGGCAGGGCCAACGUCCGCGGCGGCGUCUCGCAGGGCGCCAAGCAGCUUCCUGCCUCUGCUGCGGCGGUGGCCGAGAGGCGGCGAGCCGAGAAGGCCGAGGAGGGGCUGAGGACGGUGAUGUACCUCAGCUGCUGGGGUCCCAAUUAGAAGCUGCAGCUUGGUAGUGGUACUAGCUAGGCGUGUGUGUGUGUUUGCUGCAACAACCAUGGCCUACCUGGUUGUGGCUUCCCGUGGAAUCCCCCAUUGUAAAAACCACGAUGAUGAUGACGACAAAUUUUUGCUACUUCAGUUCAUAUUGCUCCC